AUGGGAGACGAACAACUGGCAAAAUCUGGUCUCUAUGUUGAUGAUUUCAAUCAACUCCGACUUCUAGAUCCUGAUGUCGCUGAGCUCCUUCAAACUGCUCAAGACAAGUCUUCGGAGUUCAAUGAGCAGCUGAAAAGUUUCCAAACAGUAACCUGUGGACUCAUUGACAGUAUCGAGGAGUUUGCGAAUGUCGUGGAAACUGAAAAGAUCAAAGCAAUGAUGGUACGGAACACCCAGGAACGCGAUUUGGCUGAAGAUGAUCCGGUGCUUCUUCAAAUGACGAUUCGAGAGUUGACAGUUGAGAAAGAAAGGUUGAGAGUGGAGUUGGAAGCUGUCAAAAAAAUUGAGAAGGAGCAAGAGGAGUGCAUUCAAAUGAUGACUGAACACUGA